AUGUUCUCUCGCAUUUCUGUGAUCCACUUGCUUGCUUGGCAGCUACUUGGUAGUCUUGUCGACACUGCUGCUGCCCAGGCCAUUCGAAAUCCGGGAUGGAAUUGUACCACAACUUCCAACUGUAACUAUGACUAUGUCAUAGUAGGUGGUGGCACUGCGGGUCUCGUGUUAGCAAACCGUCUGACUGAAGAUGCGAAAGUGCGAGUGGCGGUAAUUGAGGCCGGCACCUUUUACGAGUCGGUGACUGGAAAUCAGAGUGAUAUACCUGGGAAUGACUACGUAUACAAUGGCAAGUCUGCUGCGGAUACGAAUCCCCUUGUCGAGUGGGGAUUCACAACUACUCCUCAAGCGGGGGUUGGAGAUGCAAUCGUUCACUUCACUCGCGGAAAAACACUUGGCGGCUGCUCUGCUCUCAACUACAUGUCGUACAUGAGAGGAACAAAGGGGACAUUUGAUGACAAGUGGGCCAAUAUCACCGGUGAUAGUGAUUGGGACUACGACGGUGUUUCUCCUUACUACCUCAAAAGUGGCAACUUCACGCCCCCAGACAUGAGCAAGAGAGCGGCUAAUACCACUCCGGCGUACGAUCCGUCCACACUCGGUACUACCGGUCCCCUUGACAUCACCUAUGCCAAUUUUGGCCAGCCCUUCAACACAUGGAUUCAAAAGGGUUUGCAAGCUAUUGGAAUCGCGCCUCGUGAUGGCUUUACCAGCGGAGGCCUCUUCGGUUCAUCCUGGCUGGCUGCUACAAUCGAUCACACGAAUGGUUAUCGAGAGUCUUCUGAGAAGGCAUUCCUGGACCCGAUCCUUAAUAGAACUAAUCUCGUUGUUUAUACUACCACGAUGGCAGAGAAGAUUUUAUUCAAUGGAAAAGUGGCCAAAGGCGUUGCAGUCUCGAGCGGAAACUCCACCUACUCCUUGUUCGCUGAUAAAGAAGUCAUAGUGUCUGCUGGUGCAUUCCAAUCUCCACAGCUGUUGAUGGUUUCUGGUGUUGGUCCUGCUGUAAUUCUCCAAGAACACGGAAUCAAGGUCAUCCAUGACCUACCUGGAGUUGGUCAAGAUAUGAAUGAUCAUAUCUUUUUUGGUAUUGCUUAUCGCGUCGAUGUCACGACGACGACCUCUCUUCAAUAUGGGAAUGCAUUGGAAGAAGCUAUUCAAGAAUUUAAUACAGAACAGUCCGGCCUUUUAUCGAAUCCUGGAGGAGACUUUGGUGGAUAUGAAAAGAUACCAGCAAAUUAUCGGGCCAAUCUUUCCGCCCAAGCUCAAGCAGAUCUGGCAACGUUCCCUGCAGAUUGGCCGGAAUUCGAGUACCUCCCAGUUCCAACCUGGGCCGGAAAUUUUACCUACCCAGGUGAGGGUGGCCCUGACGACGGUUAUGAGUAUGGCUCUGUCCAAUUAGGGAUGGUUGCACCCUUAUCGCGAGGAAAUAUCUCUAUUUCAUCAGCGAGCACGCACGAUCAACCAUUGAUAAAUCCCGCCUGGUUGACCCAUCCAACUGAUAUUGAGGUCGCCAUCACUGCUUUCAAACGUCUGCGUCAGCUAUGGGCUACACCCGUCCUUCAAGACCACUUGGUCAUCGGUGCCGAGGCAUAUCCGGGCCCGCAGGUGCAGACCGACGAGCAGAUCCUUGACUAUAUCAAGGUAGCCUUUGAAACCAUUUCUCAUCCUACUUCAACUUGUCGCAUGGGACAGGCCAGUGACCCCAUGGCCGUGCUCGAUCCUCGGGGCCGCGUCUAUGGCGUAAAAAAUCUUCGCGUCGUUGAUGCCUCGUCCUUCCCUGUUCUCCCGCCGGGUGUUCCCCAAGGAACCGUGUACAUGGUGGCGGAAAAAAUUGCGGACUACAUCAAGAACAAUACUCCUUAG